GUGUUAGCAAUAAUAUUAGUGAAUGUGUGUGUAUAAAUACAAGACACCUUAAAGUUAGAAAGCGUACAUAUGUGUUUCAUAUUUAUACAUGGGAUUUAUAAUCAUACUACCAUUCUAUUCCUUCACGUUCUAUAACGUCACGGUGUUGACAAGGUGAUGAUUGUGAGAGAAGGAACGUCAAAGUGUUAUUAAAGGAGGUAUGGAAGAAAGGGAGAUAAGCCAUGCGAUGUUAAGGACAUGGUAAUAUUUCGCUAUGUCCCAUAUAAGCGUUUAUUGUCAUAUGUUAUAAUGUCAAUUAUUGGUUUCACGAUGCUUGGUGUUUACGUUGUUGUGCUAACGUGGUGUACGACUUUGGGAUUUCCCGAGUACACGGGGAACAGGAUACCUGUGUAUACCAGAGAAAAACCUCCCGAUACCCACGUGGAAAGACUUGUCCAAAACAUUCAACGACAUAAUCGCGAACUGCAAUAUUCAAAAUCAGGGGAUAUAAAUAAAAAGUAUUUCUGGACUCAGGCGGACAUCAGGAAUUUUGACAAUGCCGAGUCGACAAAUACGCCAGAUAGUAGUAUUUAUUUAGAUGGAAAGAGUAACGUUAAUACUGAUAACACGGAUAAUAGUGAUACUAUGGAUAAUACCGAUAAAACUUUCUUGCAACCGACUCAUCAACCUGGUAACAUAACCGUCAUUCAGUACAACAACCCAAGAACAUUUACAAAAAUACGACAAAAAAUGAGUAAAAAACUUCCACAAGCUCUAAUAAUCGGAGUAAAGAAAGGGGGGACUCGGGCCCUAUUGGAGUUUUUAAGGAUUCACCCUGAUGUACGAGCCCCGGGCCCAGAACCCCAUUUCUUUGAUCGACAUUAUGAUAAAGGACUAGAGUGGUACAGACACCAGAUGCCUUCUACCCUGGAUGGUCAACUCACAAUGGAAAAAACUCCAAGUUAUUUUGUUACAAAAGAGGUACCACAGAGGAUUUACAAUAUGUCCAAAAAUAUCAAACUUAUAGUUGUUGUAAGGGACCCUGUGACUCGUGCAAUAUCAGACUAUACUCAAGCGGCCACAAAAAGGCCGGCAAUGAAGCCGUUUGAGAAAAUGGCAUUUAUAGACAAUACAUCGAGAAUCGUCGAUACCAAAUGGGCAGCUGUUAAAAUCGGGGUUUACGCCAAACAUUUAGAAAAGUGGUUAAAGUAUUUUCCUCUCCGUCAAAUUCAUUUUGUGAAUGGUGAACAACUUAUUGUUAAUCCAGCCGGCGAAAUGGCCAAAGUGCAGGAUUUUCUAGGAUUAAAACGAAUCGUUACAGAUAAACAUUUUUAUUUAAACGAAACACGUGGCUUCCCAUGUUUAAAGAAACCGGAAGGUAGUGGGCGCCCUCAUUGUUUAGGAAAGACUAAGGGGAGACAACACCCCAAUGUGGAUCCCCACGUUUUGCAGCGACUCAGGGACUUUUUUAAACCUUUCAACGCUAAAUUUUACCAACUGACAGGCCAAUCAUUUAACUGGAAUUAAAUAAUUUUAAGGAGAAUAGUGCCGACCAAACCCUCCAUUGUUGUAUCUUGCCGUGAACCGUUGCUCGCAUGAUCUACCUCAAGCUAUGGCGGAAGGACUUGAGGAGUAACCUUGAGUUAAACAUGUCAUCUGGAGCAGAUUAUGAAGUUACCAUUUGAGAAUCAACGAAGUGUGCCAGCGGACCCUGGCCCGAAUUGUUGUAAACGUGAAAGUUGACAUAACAGUAUAAUGAGCCAAACUCUGAAAACGUUCAUGUGCCACAAACUUAUUUGCGUCUGAAUGAAACACGUGCAUUAUGUUUGGAGUAUGAAGAAUGCAAAUCUUCCAUACGUGUUUCGUAUGUAAAUAUACAAACUUUAUUAUUAUUAUUAUAUUAUUGUUUUACUGUGAGUUACUUGUGCAUUUGUUUUUGUAUAAUUAAUAUUAUUGUAUUAAUAUUGUGUACAUUUGUAAAGAAAAGUCAACUCGGACCAUUUUCACGGAAGUCGUGACGUUUUUCUGAAAAGUAGUGACGUGUGUCUCUACGUGAAUGGAGUAUUUAUAUUAACUAACCUCGACUUUUGUGUAAGUCACAAGUUAAAAUUACGGGGAAUAUAUACAUUAUAUAUUCAACACUAUAUUUAAUUAUAUAAACCAACAAUAAUAACUUUAUUAAUAAUGAGUCAAAUUGAAAUUAUGUCUUAUUUAGUUUUAGUUUUUUAACCAUUUAAUUGAAACUUGAAUCUUAAUGGGUUGAUUAUUUAGUUAUUAGCAAAAGCAGCACGUUGUGUGUACUUUUACUUUGACGCUUCUGUGAAACUGCAAUCUUUCAUGUUUCAAUUGGAUUCUUGCAUAACAGGAAGCCAUUUUCCACAGAUUUAGCGGGAAUUAUACAACCAGCUCCUGCAACAAACGUAGCUUGCAUCCAAGUAUACCAUAUAUACAAUUAAGAGUUGAAUAUUGGAACAUGAUUGACUCGAUUAUCAAGAUUACCGUUGAAGCUCAUGUUGAGCGUACUGUAAUUCUGCAUGUCAGAGGGAAGACAACCGAAUUCAGUAACAUAUAAAACAAAAGCAUACAAAGUAUAAUGAUACAU